CGAAAGUCAUAGUUUCAGCAGCUAGUAACAAACGUUCGUGCAUUUAGUUUUUAAUGUGAUGGAUUUACCAGCUGGGCCUUCCACGGGCCGUGGAAGCCGUGGUGGAAGAGGAUCGCGCGGUGCCGGACGCUCGACGCGUGGACGAGGUUUCUGGAGGCCCUACAGCCACCGAGGUGGUAAUCAUGGUCCUCCUCGAGAGAAACCCGUUGGCUACGGGAUUCCAACAAUGCAGUCAAUUAACGAAGCUGAAGAUUGCACUACAAGUAUAUCUCAAGCAAAACCGCUGCUAUCGAUUAUGCUGGAGAAUCAAACCUGCGAGUAUUCAGGUUGGAAACUUUAUCUCCCACAAGAAGACUAUUGUGAAGGUUCAAGCACUUUGAAGAAAAUUCAAACUAUGGAACAACAUUACGCAAAACACCCGAAGCAAUAUGAUUUACAUGUAAUUCAUGAUGAUUUCUGGUUUCAGUUAGAUAUCAUUGUUGUAGAGGCGGAUGUUGAAGCUAUGCAAAAUUGGCCAGCUUUUCGGCAAGAUAUUGCCCACAAUCCAGAUCAAACUCUUGCAGUUUGCGGUUUGGCAAUGUAUCAAAACAUUAUAAAAUAUCUCAAUCAAGAAAAGGGAUCACAAAUUUCCGAAGAAUCUGUUUCAGGAAACAAACUUUUACUCCAACCAAUCCGCCCUCGUAUAAUCGGGCACGGCCCGGAAGUACAUUUGCGCCAUAUGAAAGUAAAUAAUUUUGGAAAAUUGGUGGCCAUUCGAGGGACUAUAAUACGUGCAGGAACAUCGCAGAUUAUCAACACAUGGAUGGCUUUUCGCUGUUCACUUUGCCACGGAAAGCAGGUAAUUCGUCAGCCCGAUGGCAUUUUCGUAGUGCCAAACUCUUGUCGUGAGGGCUGUAAAGCUAGAAGCAACUUUAUUCCGCUGCGUUCUUCGCCCUUCACUCGAACAGAGCCCAUCCAGUCAGUUCGACUGCAGGAAUCAAUGCUGGGUGCUCGUGCGGAGCACGGUCAAGUGCCAAGAAGUAUCGAAGUAGAGUUAACUCAUGAGAUGGUGGAUUCAGUGUGUCCCGGUGAUGAUGUAACUGUUACUGGAAUUCUCAAGGGUCGUCCGCAAGAGGAAAACAGUGCCAAAGCUAAAAAUACGGCCAGCAUGUACAAGAUGUACUUGCACGCGGUCGCUGUUCGCAGCAACAAAAAUACUAUAACUAGCUGGCACAAGGCAGGAGAUUUCAGUGAACGAGAUAUGGAAGCUAUCCAGACUAUUCGAGCCGAACCUAGCCCUUACCGUUUGCUGGUUCACUCGUUAUGUCCCACAAUAUAUGGCCACGAAAUGAUUAAAGCGGGAUUGUUGCUGGGUUUAUUCGGAGGUUCGACAGUUGCAGGAAAGCGACGUUCAGAAAUACAUGUUUUGGUUGUUGGAGAUCCUGGAAUUGGCAAAAGUCAAAUUCUACAGUCAUGUGCGGAUGUUUCGCCGCGAGGUAUUUUUGUUUGCGGGAACAGUACUUCCAAUGCCGGAUUAACGGUUUCCGUUCGAAUGGAGAAGGGGGCAGGAGGAUCUCUAGAAGCUGGCGCCCUUGUGUUGGCAGACCAGGGAGUCUGUUGUAUCGACGAGUUUGAUAAAAUGUCCGGUAAUCAUCAGUCAUUGCUCGAGGCAAUGGAGCAACAGGUGGUCAGCGUAGCUAAAGCGGGUGUUAUUUGUUCACUGCCAGCACGCACUUGUAUUCUUGCGGCCGCCAAUCCAGCCGGAGGUCACUAUGAUAAAUCAAAAACGGUGACUGAGAAUCUGAAGUUGAAACCAGCUCUUCUGUCUCGGUUCGAUUUGGUGUUUAUACAAUUGGAUCGUCAUGAUGCUCAUUUAGACAAUAUGGUUGCCGCCAACAUUCAUCGUUUGCAUGGUGUCAAAGGCGGUCAAGGUCCACAAGCAGCGGCGUUUCAGGCCAUUCUAACCGGAAUGAACGAUUUGCCCUCGCAGGAGCCAGGAGCAGAAGCCUCUUUGCAAGAACGGCUUAAGCUUAGAAAUGGCGAAAAAAUUGAUCUCCUUCCGCCCGAGUUGCAGCAAAAAUACAUUGCUUACGCUCGCAAGAAUGUUAACCCCAAGUUAACAGAAGAAGCUGCACUCGUUAUUCGGGAUUUUUACGAUGAAUUGCGUCGUGCACAGGACGGUAUGAAUUCGCUACCUGUAACGACCAGGCAGCUGGAGGCGCUGAUUCGCCUCACACAAGCACGAGCAAGGAUUGACUUGGAAUCGGAAGCCACGAUUGAACACGCAAAAGACGUGAUUGAUAUUCUGCGCUUCAGUAUGCUCGAUGUCUUCACCAACGACAUCGGUGAUUUGCAGCCCAGCCGGUUGAUAAACGGUGCCGGUGCCAGCCAGGCUACAAUGGUAAAGAAGUUCGUUCAGUUGUUGCAAAACAAAACGCGUGCGCUGGAUAAAACAAUUUUUUCGCUUGCCGAGCUGAAGGAUAUGGCAGGUGGCGCCGGUACGGAAUUCAACCGAAUUCUGGAUGCACUCAACUUGCAAGGGUUUCUUCUUAAGAAAGGUAAGGAUUUGUACAAGUUUAUGGCAGAUUGAAUGUGGGGUUAUUUUCUCCACGAGAGUGCCUGGGUUGUUCUGUGUCGAUACGCUGAACGUUAAAACUGUUUAAAAAACUUUCGUAAUUUUAAAUCGAGACUGCCUUUUGUGAUAAUAGUGAAUAAUAUAAUAUCUACCACGCAUAUCGU